AUUUAGCGCGAGUCAAAUACCCCGUGAAGUUUCCCAGUCGAGAGUAGUCUUCGUCUUCCUCUUCCUCACACAAUUUACAUCCCCUCUCUCUCAAACCUUCCAGAAAACCCUAAAACAUGGAAGACUCAGUCAUCGGCAAGCCGCCGAUUCCCCCUCCAGAUCUGACCGUCAAGACUAACGAUUCCGGCGAGGACUUCGAGUCCCUCCCGAUCCCUCCCCUCGAUCCUCAAUUCUUCUCCUCCGACGCCGUAAUGGCCUCCGACUCCUUCAUGUCCGAUCUCGGCUUCGGCUUCGGCUCCGACGACAAUUGCGACUACGAGCUCACCUUUGACGAUUUGGACAACCUCUACCUCCCUUCGGACGCCGACGGUUUCCUCCUCCUCGACGGCUUUGAUCCGACGGCUCAGCCCAGCGCCGAUUCCACUGUUGUUUUGGAUUCCGACUCUCCGGAGCCAGACUCCGACGGCGUCGUCUCCGGUUUUCUGAAUUAUCCGUCGGAGGAGUCCGGCGGCCACGAUCAGGAGUUUUCGGAGAAUUCUGGCGGGCUGGUGUCGUCCCAGGGAUCGGGGAUACCAGAGGCGGUGAGCUCGCCGACUCAUUCCGGCAGUUCCGAGCGGGACGUGUCGUCGAAUGUCACCACCGUCGAUGAGAAGGUGAAGAUCGAGGAGGAGACCGCCAGAAACGGCUUCGUUGCGAAGAGGAAGGAGAGCUCCGGCGGAGGCGGCGGCGAGGAAGGGAAUGUGGAGUCGAGAAGCUCGAAGUAUCGGAGGGCGGAGAGCGGCGGCGGUUUGAAUGAUGAAGAUGAGAAGAGGAAGGCGAGGCUGAUGAGGAACAGAGAGAGUGCUCAGCUUUCGAGGCAGAGGAAGAAGCAUUAUGUGGAGGAGCUUGAAGAUAAGGUAAGGGCUAUGCAUACCACUAUAGCUGAUUUGAACAAUAAGAUAUCAUACAUUAUGGCCGAGAAUGCUACUUUGAAGCAGCAAUUGAGCAGCGGCAGCGGCAUUUGCCCGCCGCCGGGGAUGUACCCAAUGCCGCCCAUGGGGUAUCCAUGGAUGCCGUACUCGCCUUAUGUGGUGAAACCGCAAGGUUCUCAGGUGCCUUUGGUGCCGAUACCGAGGCUUAAACCGCAGCAGCCUGCAGCUGCGCCCAAGCCGAAGAAGAAAUCGGAGAGUAAGACCAAGAAGGUUGCUAGCAUUAGUUUGUUGGGAUUGCUGUUUUUCUUGUUGCUUGUUGGUGGACUUGUUCCGAUGGUGAAUGUUGGUUUUGGUGGGAGUUAUGUUAGGGAUAGGUUUUAUGAUCAGCAGAGGGCGAAGGUUUUGACAGUUGAGGGGAGUUUGAAUGGAUCAGAAGGGAAUGUAGGUUUAGGAAUAUCGGGUGGGAAGUUUGAUGUAGCUAACACGAUUCAUGAGAGGGCUCAUAAUCAGAAAGAGCAAGCGGUACCUGGCCUGGGUAAUGCCAGUGAGCCUCUUGUUGCUUCUUUGUAUGUUCCCAGAAAUGAUAAACUUGUUAAGAUUGAUGGGAACUUGAUUAUUCAUUCGGUCCUGGCCAGUGAGAAAGCGAAGAAUCAUAAGAAGAGUAGGGAGGCCAAAGUGGAAGGAGCUAAAGAUUUGGUUUCAGCAUUGGCUAUACCUGAAGCUGGAGUGAAUAGAGGGAGACGGGCUCCUUUGUACACUACUCCUGCCGGACAACGGAAGGCUCUUGCAGCUGGUUCUGCUGAUGGGAAACUGCAGCAGUGGUUUCAAGAAGGUCUUGCUGGACCGUUGUUGAGUUCAGGCAUGUGCACUGAAGUGUUCCAGUUUGAAUCGGCCGCAAGUCAUUCAGGAGGUAUAAUUCCUGCAUCCUCAGUUGCUAAUGUUUCUGAACACAGUUCAAAUGCUACAAGGCUUAACACGGGAGGAAACAGAAGAAUUCUUGGUCGGGCAAUUCCCCUUGCUGGAUCCAAUCACAAUGUUACUGGUGGAGAACGCUCCAUAAGAAACAAUCAAUCAAGCAACAACUUUCAAGGAAGUAAUUCUUCAAUGGUCGUUUCAGUUCUGGUCGAUCCUAGAGAGGCAGGUGACAUUGACGUUGAUGGCAUCAUCAAACCCAACUCUGUUUCUCGGGUUUUUGUUGUUCUGCUUCUUGACAGCGUGAAGUAUGUCACCUACUCAUGUGUGCUUCCUCGCUCUGCUCCUCCUCACUUAGUGACUACUUAACAUGGACCUUCAGUUACGGAGUUUUAGAGGGGGAAUACCUAGAUCUAAUUUCAGAAGCUCCCAGUUAAUCUAUGUAACAGGAGGUAGCUGUUUCUGUAAGACUUUAACUUGAUGAUCUCUACUUUCUAGUAUUGGGAGCAAAGGUCUGAAUGUUAUCACUGUAGCGAACAUGUGGAAUCAUAUACUCA